GCCAACACCACCUGAGCUGCGCUUGAAGUUGCUUCAACUUCAAGUUCUAGCUGCGCCUUUGCUUCGCCCUGUUGCAGGCGAUUGGCGCGUAGCAUUGUGCGCAUGCGCUGUACGAUCAGGGUACUUAUUUGAGGCGGAUUGCCAGGCAGCUUAGAAACCUCAAAAGGUGAAAAUCAAGCAACCAAAGAUCAGAACGAGAUCAGAGGUUAAAAGGCGCCUUGGUUUGGCAGAAGAUUGACCACUAGAUACCACGGACCCCGAGCUCCAAUCGUUGACCAUUGAGCUUGAAGCUGCAGACAUGCGACCCGGCAUGUGACCGCUUGUAUCACAGCCAUUGUCCUUCCAGUUUUUCUGUAACAGUACGUUGUCGGAACAGUGAGCUUUCAGAACGUUCUCUCUGAGGCCUCCCAAAACAUGCACUCCUCUUGGAGGCAUUGCUGCUUUCAAAGUAUUGAGGAGGGCCGACGCGAGGCAUACCAGCUGCAAAAGCAGCUUCAGAAACAACUGCUUGCAGAGGAGAAGCGUCAUGCAGAACACACGGCAGUUCUUCAGGAGUGUGAGAGGCUCGAAGAAGCCCUGCAGCUCAAACUUGAAAACGUUCAACGUCUGAUAGAGGAUGAGAGGAAUCUGGCCCUGAAGGUGGAAGCCCUGGUUUUGCCAGCUGAGGAUAUUGACCUGCCAAUGGCUAAAGUAUGUGGUCAACGGGGUGACGUCAUUCGUUUCUACAAUGGGGCACGGAAGUGGUCAGACGAAAGCUUGAAGGCUACUUUAAAAGAAGCCGUUGCGACAUCCUCCACUUUGAGACGGCUGCAGACCAGAGAACUACGAGAGCGGGAAAGAACGGUGCUUGAGUCCGAAGCGAAGCUCAGAGAGCUCCGGUUGAAGAUAGCCUUGACCCGCGAGAGAUAUGCGCAAGCCGCACUGCCCUACAAUUGGUGACCCUGCAAAUCCAAAAACUUGACCGUUCAGCAUGAUGCCAACAUGAGUGUGCUCAUAAGUAUUCGCAUGCGUAUACAUGUGUAGAACCUUCAUGUAAACAGAGUCUAGCAAUCAUAGGUGAGGCCGGGAAGCCGCCAUUGGUCGAUAUGCUGGCGACGGCCAGAGAGGGGUCGAUCUAGCUGCCAGCAUUGAUACGAACACCGCGAUCCUUGAAGAGUUGCAGAUGAAAUGACAAUCAAUGACAUCACGGGGCCGACUUUGAUAAGAACCGUC